CUUUUGUCCUCCCAUAAUGAUUCCUUUUGCACACACUAGGAAUAACUUCUUUUCCAAGUUCUCUCACUCAUUCCUUCAUCUCACAUUCUACGAAAAGGCCUUACAAAUAAAUCCAUCUUAGUCAUUAAGAAAGGAGAACAAAUCCAUUAGUUGAGAUAAAAGAGAAAAUUUCAGAGACUUGUUUUAGUUCCAAGGAGAUGGUUAAGGUAACUAUAGUUGGAAGGGUAAGCGAUGGAUUGCCUCUAGCACAAGGACUGAGAUACAUGAAUGAAGAGUAUGGAUAUCUUUCAUGUUACAGGCAACAAGCAGAGUUCAUACUCCGAGAAUUUUCAAGGGGAGCAUUAACAGCUCCCAAGAUGACUAUUCAUAUUGAUAAUUUCUGCUUCAACUACUUGGUCGAGAACGGAGUUGUUUUCAUUGUGUUGUGUGAGUCCACGUACCCAAGAAAACUGGCCUUCCAUUACCUACAAGAUAUACAAAAGGAGUUUGAGAAGUUUGAUAAAACCCUCAUAGGCAAAAUCACAAGGCCAUACAGCUUUGUCAAAUUUGAUGGUAUAAUCGCAAACAUUAGCAGACAAUACAUUGAUACAAGAACUCAGGCCAACCUAUCAAAACUUAACGCUAACCGGAAACAAGAUUUAGAUAUUGCCACUGAAGACAUUUACAAAAUUUUAGAAAGGAAGAGAAAUUCAGAAACAAUGAGAAGAUUACCGGUUACUCCUCAACCUGAAUCCACAAUAUGGUGCUCCCCACAACUUGAGGUGAUUGCAUUGAAAUGGACACCUAUUAUGAUCAUUGUCAUUACUUCGAUGGCUCUUUUAUGGGCUAGCUUAGCCCUCACAGAUGACUUUAUUGUUUGAAGCUGGUGGCAAUCCCUCAGAUCAUGACUAAAGAUGAUGGUUUAAUACCAUAAAACUUCAAUACGCUGCAAGGACUUAAAAUAUGUCAUGGCCCACUAGUAUUAAAUUUGAUACAACAUUGAUGUUGCAGAAAAAAUAAAGAUAUGGAGUGGCCCAUUGCCAUCCCUUCCCCAGCACAUAAUCCAGGGAAAACAGAGAAAGAGAGAUACAGAUUGAAGAAAAACUCUGAUUUGUCACGGAAUUUCUACUCUCUACCUUGAAAGUGAAAAUUUUCCUUUUAAAUGAGCUAGUAGCCUAGUACACUGACUUGUGCACUCACACGAGUUGCGCAUUGAUAUUUUUAUAUGUACUAAAUCAUUUGUAAAUAUGGUAACAAAUUGGUAUUUAUCAAAUUUAUCAUAUAAUUUAUGAUUAUUAUAUAUAUUAA